GAAUCCUUCAGAUCCCGCUCUCAGGUGACUGCAGAUGCAUCUGAAGGGUCACCAUGGUGCCUCUCUGGUCUGUUUCGCUUGUCUUUGGGCUGGCUGUGGUUGCGGCGCUCAUGAGACAUCAGUAUGAGCUCGGCGCUCAUGGCGGCUUUUUCCCGAUUGCUGGCGUGCUUGCCGUUGCGGGGUGCAUGGCUGAAAACUCGUGCAUUAGUUGGUACAGAUACUAUAGCUACUCGCCAGACUGGGGCCUUUUUCUCGGCUAUGUGCCUCUUCACGUGGUUCUGAUUUGGCCUUUGUUUAUCCUUGGCGAGCAUCAGUAUCUCCGCAGGCUCCUGCCAUUGGGCAGCCUUGGCUUAAGAGCCUGCUUUUGCUUUGUGGACACUGUCCUGUUGGCCAACCUGGUGGAAAUCUACUGUGUCUCAGCUGGUUUGUGGUCCUGGAGGGAGUCCAACUGCUUGGGUGUGCCCUUGAUGGGCCCGAUCGGUUGGGCACUGUUUGCCACACCUGCAGUCCUGCUGCUGGCAGUGCAGGAGCGCGCUACGAGGAUGGGCCGGACGCAUCGUAGCCGUAUACUGGCGAUACCGCUGGUCUGUAUGGUGGUGCUGCAUGUGGGACUUUGGUCACUUUGGAACAGCGUCGGCAAGCACCUCUCGAAUUGGUCGUUCUCUCCAUCCUUCGAAGCGGCGGGCAUUUGCGCCGUGCAGCUUUGCUACGAGUGGGCUGCAAGGUCCAAGGCCUCGCAAGGUUUGGCACUGCAGAAAGAGGUCCCCAGACUCUUGGCGUGCGGCAUCGUGGCGGCGCUGUGGCUGCUGAAAGGAACGCCUGAUCCGGGGAUUUGUUUGGUGAGCUUGGCAUCCCUCCUGCGCCUUUUGGCCUUCAGACUGGCUUAGAGGGCCUUAGGGCUUCGGAAGUUCGGAAGCUCGGAGGCUCGGAAGCUCGGAGGUUCGGCAACGGUCUGAAGAAAACAGAAGCUCAGCAUGCCAGGAUUGCUUUCAGCUUGCACGCUGGCGGAUCAGGUUCAAGCAUUUCAGAGAAACGAGUGCAGUGCCC